CUUCCUUGCCCAUCCCUAAAGGAAAAAAAAGGAAAUAUCGGAGAGAAGAGCGUCGCCAGAAAAGUCCGUAAAAGAAGGAAAGCGAAAGAUAUUUAAAUAUAUAUUUGGUUAUAAGAAGAUCAAAUAGGUACACGCUCACUGAUAAACACGCUGUAAUCAAACUUCACUGGACAGGAGGACGCAUUUCUGGGCAACAGGCAGGUCACCUGCUUAAAAUUAACAGAUCACUGUUUUGUUCCUCAGUUGCUACCAUGCCUCUCCACAAAUCAUCUUCUCGAGCCCCUCGUCUGGAUCCCACCAUGAUCUCUGCGCCCCUGGGUGAUUUCCGUCACACCAUGCAUAUUGGUCGAGGUGGAGACGCUUUUGGUGAUACCUCCUUCCUGUCCACCCAUGGCCCCUCUAGUCCUAAUCCCGAGUCUGUGCAACCAGUCGUGGCAGCCACUGUAGAGACCACAGACAAUCAGAUGAACCAUAACAAUGAAUUUGAAUAUGCAGAAGAUACAGGUCCGAAUGAGCUCCGGCACUCCGAUUCAGUUUCUUCCUUUGACCUUGACUUGGAUUUAGGGCCUUCGAUUUUAGGAGAUGUCCUGGGAGUGAUGGAUGGACUGACGAUGGGUUCUCACAAAGACAAUGAAGAGGUGUUUAGUUCCAGCAAGAGCACAAGAGAUGUGAUGAUGUCACCAAGGAGUGCAGCCAAUGAGUUGAACGAGAGGAUGAGAAUGGAAAGUAUGACCAAAGAGGUGAACCAACGCGAUGAGCAACUCAACGAGGUCAAUGGCAUGAAAUCAAAAGGGCUCAGGCCCAAAGUGCACUUCAGCGACAAACGCGAUGAGAUCAUUGGGCGACAGGAGAUAAUCGAAGGGCUAGAUGUGGAAGUUGAAGAAGAAAUGGGCUUGAGACCAAAUAAGGGGAUGCAAGAGAUUAGUGGGAGAACGGCUUACGACAAAGACCCAAGACAAGCAGAGGUGGUUAAUCAGAGGGAGGACAACUCUCCAAGCCUCUCUUCCACAGUGAGCUCAGAAUAUGAGGGAGUCUCACCGUUGGACCGGAGGAGAGAAGACCAGCAUCUGUCAGAAACAGAUUCAGAGGAGGAGGAUGGCAGCGGACAAGAAGGAUACACUUUUGAAGACGAAUUCGAUGAUGAGAUUGGCCUAUAAGAGGACAAUCUCAAAACUUUUGAGGACCAAAAAUAAGUCAUUGGCAUAUGGAUCAUGACAUGAACAGAAUUAUUCUUUAAAAAGAAAAAACAUCCAACAGGGAGAGUUAAUGAAAAUUUCAUCUUGAGGUAAUAACUGGACAAUUUGGAACUUUCGUUUCCAAGUUUACAAUGGUGUUUGCUCAUUUUUGGAACUAUUUGAAAGUAAGACAGUUUAGUUUUUUUAUUGGAUUUUAUAACUACAAAUUUUCAAAGUCUCCCAUGGACAGUAUGAUGUCUUACAAAGAAUAACCUAUUAACAAACCUAUUCAUACAUUUCCCAUGGUCUCAACUAUAUAAUAUUGAGCAGCCAGUAAAUGUUCAGUUUUUCCAAUUCAUAGCUCUGUUAAAGGGCACUUUGCCUUCUUCAGUUAACUGGAAACAGCUUUAAUCUUGAUGGAGAUAAUGGAGGUAAUGCUUAAAUUGACAGCUGACUUUUUAAAGCCAAAUAUAACAUACUAAGUUAUGUUAUUGCUUAGAUUAUGGUUAUCUACAGUGCCUUACAGAAGAUGUUUUCCAAUGUUUCCACUGUUAGUUCCACUGAAAAGCCAGUGACAAAGUUUUUCUUUUUGUGGGAGGAUGCAAGGUUGGUGAAUGGAUUCACAAAUGCUGGAAUUUUCUCCUGGGAGUUUUCAUUAUUACAUAUACGUUCAUAUCUUAAAAUGGAAUAAGCAAUCAGAUUGUGUGUUGUUGUUGGAGAUGUACUCAUUUAAAAAGUGCAAAAAUGAAAUGCACGUAAUAGUUACACACUACAAAAUAAGUCUUAAAGCUAAACAGCUACAAACAUAGCUUUUAAACUGUGAAGGAAAAUAAUCUAGUCGAUCAUUUGACUGUAGCAUUCAUAAAGAGAAGCAUGACAAGCUUUAAUAUGCUGGAUUCAUUUUAAAAGCAGUUGCUUUUAUCUUGCUUUCACACUUGUUUGAUUUGAAUAAUAUAGAAUAUAUAACAGACAAUCAGUGAUUUUACACUCAAAACCACUCUGCCAAUUGAAAUAAUGUAGAUUGGGCCAGACCAAAAUGUGUAAUUAAAGUUUUAUUAAACUAUCUGUGGCAUUUUGCAUUCUUUGAAUGUGUUAAAGGGAGGCAAAUUAAUUUCUGUAAACAUGCUAUUUUUACUGAUACAUAUAUUUUUUUAUUUUUAAGUUCUAGUAAAUAAAUGAAUACUAUCUUUUAA